AUGUAUACCCUCAGGACAACGCCAAGGCCGUACUUGAUUCGGGCUAUAUUUCUUCAUCUAUCUAUCUAUCUAUCUAUCUAUCUAUCUAUCUAUCUAUCUAUCUAUCUAUUGCUCUUUCACAUCUUUAGUGUGGAAUCUCAUUCUGUUAAUAUCUAUCUAUCUAUCUAUCUAUCUAUCUAUCUAUCUAUCUGUCUGUCUGUCUCAUUCUCUAUCUCCGUUAAUAUCUAUCUCAUCUAUCUGUCUGUCUGUCUGUCUCAUUCCGUUUAUAUCUAUCUCAUUCCGUUAAUAUCUAUCUAUCUAUCUAUCUAUCUAUCUAUCUAUCUAUCUAUCACAGAGUCUGUUCAUAUCUAUCUGUUUAUUUAUCUAUCAUAUCUAUCUAUCUAUCUAUCUAUCAAUCAUCUAUCUAUCUCAUUCAUUAAUAUCUAUCUAUCUAUCUAUCUAUCUAUCUAUCUAUCUGUCUGUCUGUUUGUCUCAUUCCGUUUAUAUAUAUCUCAUUCCAUUAAUAUCUAUCUAUCUAUCUAUCUAUCUAUCUAUCUCCUCUCUGUUCAUAUCUAUCUGUUUAUUUAUCUAUCAAAAAUUGUUAAUAUCUAUUUAUCCUCAUUAUCUAUCUAUCCUAUCUAUCUCAUUCUGUUAUCUAUCUAUCUAUCUAUCUAUCUAUCUAUCUAUCUCAUUCCGUUUAUCUAUCUCAUAUAUAUCAAGCCAUCUUAUUCCUAUUUAUAUAUAUAUAUCGUUCUAUUAAUAUCUAUCUCAUUCCGUUUAUGUAUAUCUCUCUAUCUCAUUCCGUUUAUGUAUAUCUAUCUAUCUAUCUAUCUAUCUAUCUAUCUAUCUAUCUAUCUAUCGCAUUCUGUUUCUAUCUAUCAAACUAUCUCAUUUUGUUAA